GAACCCGGAAGCGUUCCCGAUUCGGCCGUGAUUGCUAUUCAUUCAGGCUGCUGCGAUUUAAAUCAAUUACUGCUAAGAUAUCCGCUGCUAUCGGGCGCCUGGUAUAUUAUCUUCUAGAUAGAUUAAAGGAGAGCAAGCAUGGCUGGUCGGCUACCGGCUUGUGUUGUUGACUGUGGCACAGGGUACACAAAGCUUGGCUAUGCAGGAAACACAGAACCACAGUUCAUUAUCCCUUCAUGUAUUGCAAUCAAAGAAUCAGCCAAGGUUGGAGACCAGGCCCAGCGCAGGAUGAUGAAGGGUGUUGAUGACCUUGACUUUUUCAUUGGGGAUGAAGCCAUUGAGAAACCAUCUUAUGCAACAAAAUGGCCCAUCCGUCAUGGGAUAGUGGAAGACUGGGAUCUGAUGGAGAGGUUUAUGGAGCAGAUCAUCUUCAAGUAUCUGCGGGCAGAACCUGAAGACCAUUAUUUCCUUUUGACAGAGCCUCCCCUCAACACACCAGAAAACAGAGAAUACACAGCAGAGAUCAUGUUUGAGUCCUUCAAUGUCCCAGGCCUCUACAUUGCUGUUCAGGCUGUCCUGGCGCUGGCUGCUUCUUGGACAUCCAGACAGGUGGGAGAACGAACGCUGACAGGCACCGUGAUCGACAGCGGAGAUGGAGUCACGCACGUCAUCCCGGUGGCUGAAGGCUACGUCAUCGGGAGCUGCAUCAAACACAUCCCCAUCGCCGGGAGAGAUAUUACAUACUUCAUCCAGCAGCUGUUGAGGGAACGAGAGGUGGGGAUACCUCCAGAGCAGAGUCUGGAGACGGCUAAAGCUGUCAAGGAGCGCUUCAGCUACGUCUGCCCGGACCUUGUCAAGGAGUUUAAUAAGUAUGACACAGACGGCUCCAAGUGGAUCAAACAGUACACGGGCGCCAACGCCGUCACCAAGAAGGAAUUCACCAUUGAUGUUGGAUAUGAACGUUUCCUCGGGCCUGAGAUCUUUUUCCACCCAGAGUUUGCCAACCCAGACUUCACCCAGCCGAUCUCAGAAGUUGUGGACGAAGUCAUCCAGCACUGCCCCAUUGAUGUCAGGCGUCCACUCUACAAGAACAUUGUACUCUCCGGAGGGUCCACCAUGUUCAGGGACUUCGGCAGACGCCUGCAAAGGGAUCUUAAGAGGAGUGUGGAUGCACGACUGAAAAUAAGCGAGGAACUGAGCGGCGGCAAGUUGAAGCCCAAGCCCAUUGAUGUGCAGGUUGUCACUCAUCACAUGCAGAGGUACGCUGUCUGGUUCGGAGGAUCAAUGCUGGCGUCUACUCCCGAGUUUUACCAAGUGUGCCACACCAAGAAAGACUACGAGGAGAUCGGGCCGAGCAUCUGCCGCCACAACCCCGUGUUCGGAGUCAUGUCUUAGGCAUCAAUGGAGUGCAUUCAGCGGAGGCCGAGGAAAAAAAACGGAGGAAGCACCGCAAGACCUCACACGCUGUGGAAGUCCCAUGAGCCUUUGCACGGAUGCUCUGACAGACCUGUUCAUUCGGAUAGAGCGACAGUGGACCAAACAAACUGCCAAAAGAGUGGCAAUGUCCUCUCAAAUUUGAGGAAAGAGGUGACUCAGCCCAAAGGAUCCUCAGAUAAAAUGUUUACUGCAAUUAGGUUAAUAAUAGGUGAUAAAUCUUUCAUUUCUGUGUGCCUCGUAUAUAUGUACUUAUUUUAUCCUCACAGGGUUGUAAUAUGUAAUUAAUCAACAUGGGUCCUGUAUAAAUGCACUUCUCUGUGUAUAUGGGUUGGGUUCUUGCUAUAUGUCAUAUACUCUAAAAUAAGGGGUUGUUUCAAGAAACAGGACAUGCUCAGCUAGGUCAUUUACCACAACAACUUUCUGGACAUGGCGUCAUCAAAUGGGUGCAAACAUACAAGACAUUGUUAUAAAAAUACGUCACCAGACAUACUGACUAUUGCUGAUUUUCUUUUGUCUUCUUUUUACAUCUCCUUUUUAAAUAAUCACCCUCAGUACCUGGAAGACAUGAAUUUGAAUUUAGAUGAAAAUAAGUCAAACAUUUAAAAAAAUAUAUAUAAAUCUGUUCAAAUAAUGUUUCCCAGAUUUCACUGAGACAAGUCCUGUCCUGUUUUCUCCUGCAGCAACGUGACCUAUUGUCACUGCUUUCCUUUGACUUUUAUUUGUAUUAAUCAUCUCUUGAACAACAUCAAAAAAAGUUGUAUUAAUAUAUGAACAUGCAGUUUUAAUGACUGUUGUUGGACCAUCACUGUUGCCUAGAUCUCAGUUAUACUGGAUAGCCUUGUACUGUACCAAAUCUGGAUUUCAAUGCUGGCAUUCCAAUAAAUGCCAAGGAGAUAUUUCUACA